AUGAACCUGCUUUCCACACAACAUAGGUUUGUCCCCAACUUCAAGUGUGACAACCAGAACAAUCUGAUAGCACUCAUUGGAGGGUGUAUCUCUGAAAUCUCGGCCAACGUGGCCAUCUUUUCAGCAAUCCACAAGACUCCACAGGUCCAUCACUUUCUGAGUAACAUCUUAUUCAAUAACACUGCAGGAGACACUGUGCAUUUUGACGACAAUGGAGAAUUAGUGGCUGGUUUUGACAUCACAAACUGGGUGAUGUUCCCCAAUGGCUCAGUGGUUAGAGUCAAAGUUGGGAGACUAGAACCGCAGGCUCCUCCAGGCAAAGAGUUAACCAUUCAUGAAGACCAAAUUAUAUGGCAUCCAGUUUUUAAUCAGGUGCUGCCUGUUUCUGUGUGCAAUGACCACUGCUAUCCUGGCUACAGCAGGAAAAAGAGGGAAGGAGAGAAAUUUUGCUGCUAUGAUUGUGCUCCAUGUGCAGAAGGGAUGGUAUCUAGCCAGAAAGAUAUGGAUGCCUGUAUCAAAUGCCCAGAAGAUGAAUAUCCCAACAAAUACCAAACUCAAUGCAUUCUCAAGGUUUUAAGUUACCUCUCUUACAAAGAAAAUUUAGGGGUCGUCUUAAUUGUCUUGGCCAUGUUUUUCUCUUUGGUCACAGUUCUGGUACUUGGAACCUUUGUGAAGCACAACAAUACUCCCAUCGUCAAAGCCAACAACCGGACCCUCACCUACAUCCUCCUCCUCUCCCUCCUCCUUUGUUUCCUCUGCUCUUUUCUCUUCAUUGGACAGCCUGAAAAGAUUCUUUGCCUUCUGCGACAGAUUACUUUCGGCAUUGUCUUUGCUGUCGCCCUGUCCUCUGUCUUGGCAAAGACCAUCACUGUGGUACUGGCAUUCGUGGCCACCAAACCAGGAUCCAGCAUGAGAAAAUGGGUGGGGAAAGGGCUGGCAAACGCUAUUGUCUUUUCCUGCUCCUUUAUCCAAGCGGCAAUUUGCAUUUUUUGGUUAACUACUUCCCCACCAUUCCCAGACAGGAACAUGUCCUCGCUGAAUGGGGAAAUCAUACUGGAAUGUAAUGAGGGAUCAGCUGUCAUGUUUUAUUGUGUCUUAGCCUAUAUGGGCUUCCUGGCCAUUGUCAGUUUCUUUGUGGCUUUUCUAGCCAGAAAAUUACCUGACAGUUUCAACGAAGCCAAAUUUAUCACUUUCAGCAUGCUAGUGUUUUGCAGUGUUUGGUUGUCCUUUGUUCCAACCUACCUGAGCACCAAAGGUAAAUACAUGGUGGCCGUGGAGAUCUUCUCCAUUUUAUGCUCCAGUGCUGGAUUACUGGGUUGCAUCUUUUCUCCCAAAUGUUAUAUUAUUGUUUGGAGGCCUGAGCUGAACAACAGGGAGCAACUAAUGAGUAGAAAUAGAGAAAGGAAGGAAGGAAGAUCAUCUUCUUAA